AUGCAAUCCACAAAAAAGCGAACGCGGACAGCGAUCCCUGCCAACGUCAAGCGCGAGAUUUGUCUUUUCCACGAGGAAAACCCUAAAGCUUCCAGGGAUUGCAUCAUCCGACACGUGUUUAAAGGGCACGGGCUGGCUCCUGGUCGCUCAACUAUUUCCGACAUCUUAAAAGAAAAGCAGAAAUGGCUGUUUCGCUUACCCACGGACACGUCAACAAAGGCGAGGACCCCGCAGCAGCAGCGCCUGGAGGACGCGCUGUUCCUGUGGUUCAGUGAAGCCAGGGCUCGGGAAAUGCCAAUCAGCGACGAGAUCCUGAUCACGAAAGCAAAAUCCGUGGGAGCUCGGCUCGGGGUGCCGGGCACUUUUUCAUAUUCAGUCGGCUGGCUUCAGAGAUUUAAACAGCGUCGCAAAAUCCGAUUUUAUAAACGCCGCUGGGGGGCGGAAAGUGAGGGCGAUGCAGCUGCGGCUGACGGUCGUGCAGUUUUAAAGUCUCUCCUCAGCGGUUAUGACUCGAGUGAUAUUUACAGCAUGGGCCAGACGGGGCUGUUUUUUCGAACGGAACCGAAUGCAACCCUCGGUCCAGAGUCCGCAGUGAAGCAAAACACACACAGGGUUACAGUAGCUUUGUGUGUGAACGCCCCGGGCACCGACAAAAGGAAGCCGCUGGUCAUUUGGGAAUGCAAGCGCCCGCAUUGCUUUGAAAGGGACUUUGAUCCAAACCGCGUUUGCUGUUGGCGCUGGAACAGAAGCGCCCGGAUGACGGCUUUGAUUUUUGAAGAAUGGCUUCGGGAGUUUGACAGGUCGAUGCGUAUCCGAAACAGACACGUCGUUCUGCUGCUAGACAACGCAUCGCCGUACGAAAACACAGGGGGGCAGCUGACCAACGUGUCGGUGCGCUUUCUCCCCCCGGACACAGCUUCCAAGAUCCAGCCUCUGAGUGCGGGAAUCGUACAGAACUUCACAGCCCUGUACCGCCGCCAGCAGCUGCAGCACUAUGUCCGCUGUGUGGACGCUGGCAAACCGCAAGACUUAAAUAUCAAAGAUGCGCUUUAUUUUGUCAGGGACAGCUGGCAACAAGUUAGCGCUGCAACCAUAUCAAGCUGCUGGAGACACUGCGACAUACUGCCAACCGAACCAGAAGCUCCUGUGGCUGGACCCGGUUCCGCAGAGGCCAAUGCAAUUGGAGAGGUGAUCGGAUCCGUUGCUGAAAUCCUUACGCACCUGCCUGGCACCGCUGGGGUGACCCCCGGCAGCAUCCUCAACGCCGAUGAAGACGCGCAAAUCAGCGACACGCUGGCCGGAGAUGACCCUGUUAAACCAGUCCGGCACCGUGGUCCAGAUUCAGCGAGUGAGGCUCUGGGCGUGGAUGACAGGGCGCCCCCAAGACCAGUGUCAGCGAGAGAAGCGCGUCGGGGUCUCCAGUCGGUACUGGCAUAUGCAGAGCAGCAUCCCGACUUGUUUGAAAUCGGGACGAGCGGCUGCGGUUGCUAA